CGCGUGCCCCGCCCCGCCCGGCGCUGUCCCCGGUGCUGAUCGCCAGGAGCCGCCGCACGCAGCCCCGCCCCAUGCCCGCCGUUGCCAUGGUGACGGGCCGCUGCGGGCGCAGCCAAGAUGGCGUCGCCGCAAUCACCGCCGCGUCUCCACCAGGCCAUGCUCUGCCUGAGCAGCCAGCGGUACCUGCGGGCCCGUCCGGCCGUCCGGCUGCUGCUGCGGGGCUUCCUCAGGGAGCUGCUGCUCCAGCGACCUGACGAUGUCCUGGAGUUCGCCGCAGGUGAGGGGGGUGGCACUGGGGGGGUGGGGCAGCGGGGAGGGGGUCCGGCCUCCCACUCACCCCUCUGCCCACCCCCCCGCAGCGUACUUCACCCAGCCAGAGCUGCUGGGCCGGAUCCAGGAGGAGCUGGGGAGGCCAGGAGCGGUGCCCUGAGGGGGGGACACAGCAGGGUCUCACUCCAAUAACAGGCAGUGAGACCCCACGCCCUGUGCUGCUGUGGUGUCACCGUUCCCCACCAGUACUCUCGGGGCGGGGGGGGGGCAGGAGAAGGUGCCACUGGGAGGGAGGCUGCACAUGG